UUGCAAAGCAAGAAUUAAUAGAGUAGAACAAGAAAAAGAAGAAGGGGUAGUGCUCACUUAAUCAGAGAAUAUGGGAACGAGGCAAUGGCCUCGACUGAUCCAUGCAUUGGCAUUUUGCCUUAUUGCUAUCACUGUUUCUGCUGAUGAUUAUAAGCCUUACUAUGGCCAACCAUCUGACAACUACUAUCCACAAACACCACCAUCUUACCAAGUAAAACCACCACCUUACUAUUACAAGCCACCACCAUAUUAUUACAAAUCUCCACCUCCACCACCACCUUAUGUCUACAAAUUCCCUCCAUAUUACUACAAGUCCCCUCCACCACCAUCUCCCUCACCUCCUCCACCCUAUGUCUAUAAGUCACCACCACCACCAUCUCCUUCACCACCUCCUCCAUAUUACUACAAGUCCCCUCCACCACCAUCUCCCUCACCCCCUCCACCCUAUGUAUAUAAGUCACCACCACCACCAUCCCCUUCACCACCUCCUCCAUAUUACUACAAGUCACCACCACCACCAUCUCCCUCGCCUCCUCCACCCUAUGUAUAUCAGUCACCACCACCACCAUCCCCUUCACCACCUCCUCCAUAUUACUACAAGUCACCACCACCACCAUCUCCUUCACCUCCCCCACCAAAUGUCUAUAAGUCUCCACCAACUCCAUCCCCCUCUCCUCCUCCACCAUAUGUUUACAAGUCCCCUCCUCCUCCAUCUCCUUCACCACCUCCUCCAUAUGUCUACAAGUCUCCACCCCCACCCUCUCCCUCACCACCUCCACCUUAUGUUUACAAGUCUCCCCCACCACCAUCUCCAUCUCCUCCUCCACCAUAUGUCUACAAGUCCCCUCCACCUCCUUCUCCAUCCCCACCACCUCCAUAUGUUUAUAAAUCUCCUCCACCACCAUCACCCUCACCUCCUCCUCCAUAUGUCUACAAAUCCCCACCCCCACCAUCCCCAUCACCUCCUCCACCAUAUGUUUACAAGUCACCACCACCUCCCUCUCCAUCACCACCUUCACCAUAUGUUUACAAGUCUCCUCCCCCACCAUCUCCUUCUCCUCCUCCACCAUAUGUUUACAAGUCCCCACCUCCUCCAUCCCCUUCACCACCUCCUCCAUAUGUUUAUAAGUCACCACCACCACCAUCUCCUUCCCCUCCUCCACCAUAUGUUUACAAGUCCCCACCUCCCCCAUCUCCUUCACCGCCACCUCCCUACGUUUACAAGUCUCCACCACCACCGUCUCCCUCUCCUCCCCCACCAUAUGUAUACAAAUCUCCACCUCCUCCAUCACCUUCUCCUCCCCCUCCCUAUGUCUACAAAUCUCCUCCUCCUCCAUCUCCCUCACCACCACCUCCAUAUAUUUAUAAGUCACCUCCCCCACCAUCACCUUCACCACCUCCUCCAUAUUACUACAAAUCUCCACCUCCACCAUCACCUUCACCCCCUCCACCCUAUGUCUACAAGUCACCACCACCUCCAUCCCCUUCGCCACCUCCUCCAUAUGUCUACAAGUCUCCACCCCCACCAUCUCCUUCACCUCCUCCUCCAUAUUACUACAAAUCUCCACCCCCACCGUCUCCCUCGCCUCCUCCACCCUAUAUCUAUAAGUCACCACCACCUCCUUCACCUUCACCACCUCCCCCUUACGUAUAUAAGUCUCCACCACCACCUUCUCCAUCGCCUCCUCCACCAUAUUAUUACAAGUCACCACCACCUCCGUCACCUUCACCGCCUCCUCCAUAUUACUACAAGUCUCCACCUCCACCAUCACCUUCGCCACCACCAUAUCACCCUUACCUCUAUAACUCUCCCCCUCCUCCCGUAUAUUAAGUUUGCGGUUAAAUCAAUUUGAAUGUUUUUUCAAUAAAAUUAUGUUCAGCAUUAUUGCGGUUAAUUUGUUAUCACUCAUUCAUUAAUAAUAGGGUCUACACUAAAGUGAGGGUCUUAUUUUGGCUGUAGUGUGGUCCAUCAUGUGUUUGUAUUGGUUUUAAUUCAGAAGUUUGUAUUAAUUUCUUUUUCCAAAUAUACAUUAAUACCAUAUUUUGUUUUUCGUUGGA